AUGUCCGGUGAAAUGACUAUGAGUAAUAGCCCAACUUCUGCUUCUAUGAAUAGUCGAAAACGUCCUCUAACAGAUGCAUCCACGGAGUUGAACACGCCAAAGCGAGAAUAUUACCCACAUUUCCAACCAUACCCUUACAUGAACAUGAUACCUCCACCACCAAUGUUCCAAUCAACUCCGUUCUCUAUGCGCCCCGAUGAAAAUCAACCGCCUCCUCAUUUCAUGCCUGAGUUCUGCCACCCGAUGCCUUUCCCUCCGUAUACUCCCUUCAGUUGCUCGUCAGCUAACUCGUCUAUGAUGUCCAACUCCUCAAGCAACGAUUCCGGCAUUAGUAAGUCCAUAUAUUUUUGGGAAUUGGUAGUUUAUUAG